AUGGCCAUCGGGGAGGAGCUGCGGAGCGGGUGCUUCUGGCGGAGGGUGCUGGUGGAGGCGCUGGCGACACUCAUCUUCGUGGGGGUGGUGCUGGGCGCCUCGGCAGCCCCCGGGCCCCUGGCACCAGCGCUGGCCGGGGGGCUGGUGGCCGGGGCCUUGGCCUGCACCCUCGGGGGGCCCCAGGCCAACCCAGCACUCACCCUGGCCCUACUCUGCACCCGCAAGCUGGGUGCCCUGCGUGGGGCCGCCGGGCUCCUGGCCCAGUGUGCCGGGGCCGUGCUGGCCUCCGCUGCUGCUCGUCUGGCGCUGCCGGGCGACAUCGGCCUCGUCACCCGGGUGAGCACAGCAGGGACGGCGGGGCAGGCCCUGGCCUGGGAGACCUUUGCCACCUUCCAGCUAACACUGGCCACCUUUGCCACCAUCGACCAGGCGGCUCCCCAGGGCGGGCUGGCCCUCGGCAGUGCCGUGGCUGCCGGCGCCCUGGCCGCGGGGCCGUUCUCGGGGGGCAGCAUGAACCCGGCACGCUCGCUGGGGCCGGCCAUCGUCACCGGCAUCUGGGACGACCACUGGGUGUACUGGCUGGGGCCGGUGUUGGGCGCGGUGCUGGCUGGGCUCUCCUACGAGUUCGUCUUCGCCCCCGGUGCCUCCCGGGAGAAGCUGGGCGCCUGCCUCGCCUGCCGGGACGUGGCGCUGGUGGAGACCACCAGCCCGUCCCCCUCCUCGCCCUCUGCCCGCGGCCCCCCGGCCCCCCCGGCCGAGCAGGGCCAGGGCACGGACUGA